CUUUAACAAAUUGAUUUGUUCCUCUUUUGUAAGUCACUUGUGAUAAAAGCAUCUGCUAAAAGCAUAAAUAUACAGUAAAUUCGUGCUGUAUAAAAGACCAGUGCAGUUUGCUGUAGAGUUGUGCAUCAGUUUUAGCCAAUACAGGGGCCAGAAGCAGAACCAUCACAGGAGCAGAACCAGAAAAGUAUUAAAGGAGCAAUGAAGGUUCCAGUAUUUGCGCUGGUUUUGAUAUGCCUGGGCAGUGCAUGGUCAUGCGUGGGAUCCCAGCCUCUUGAUAGCAGUUCACCAAAUGAGAUCCAGAAGUUUAGCCGCCGUUAUGCUGAAUCAACCAUUGCGAGUGACAUUAGCAAAAUUGUGGACUCGAUGGUUCAGAAAAACUUCGUAAACUUUCUGCUCAAUCAGAGGGAGAAGAAAAGCGAACCAACUAUAGAAGAUCCAGACACCCGCAGCGUCAAUGACCUGCUGAAAAAAGAGUUUGUGAUGUGGAUUCAGAGAAAAGGCGAUGCAUUCAAGAAGCAAUAAAGCUGAACAGAACAUGCUUCUAAAGCGCCUUGGAGAACAGACCGAAUCCAUGUUCAAUUUGAAGAGUGUACUGGAAAUGUUUAUAUAAUCAAUGUACUGA